CGCGAGGAGAAAUUUAAACCCGAGAGCGUGGGCAUUCGAAAUUCAAAUUUCGAAUGCCAACUUCGACAACGACGACGACGUGUGGUUGGCGGGAUGACGGCGUCGUGCUGCGGAAAAGGGCCCGGCGGCGGCGGAGUCCACGUCCAGAGGGCUCCCUCAUCUGCUCCCGCUGCGUGUUGUGCUUCCAUCGUCGUGGACCUUUGCGCACGUCGACUGCGCGUUCCUCUUCGUUUCCAUGCGCGGGGUUGUGAGCGGAGAAAAGGGGCCACCUUCUCAACGGACGUCUUCGGGACUAUCGUCCGGUGCGGGAGGACGAGACGGACGACAGCGGAACGACGGGCUAUGGAGGGCGGCGUCGCGGCUAGACGUGAUGUGCUGAGUCAUGGUGAGCUGCAGGUGGUGGCGGCGGCCUUGUCGACGAUCGUUCUUCGAUGUCAGCAGGAGAGGGCGCUGGGGCGACUGAAGGAGCAUUUGCGCGCGCAUAGACAGAGGAGAUUGACGCGAGAUCCGCACAAUGGUGUCGAGUUUGUGGUGAAGUCGGAAGCUGUUGUUCAACUGUGCUAUGCGUUGGGCUGCGGAGUGAUACCCCGCGCGACGCCGCGGUGGUGGGUGAAGCGCAGGACGGGAGGAACAUGGGAAGACCUCAGGCUAUGCGAUGACGCGACUAACGACUACUUCCGCGAUAAGCUGCGAAUGUCGCCGCGAGUGUUCCGGGAGAUCGUGGAGGCGUGUGCGCCUCAUCUUCAGCGGCACAUGACGUUUUACAUGGAGCCUUUGCAGCCGGACCAGAUUGUGGCGUACGCACUGUACAGGUGGGCUUCAGGUGAGACGUAUGAGAGCAGCACGUGCAACUUCGGGAUCGGACGAGCUUCUGGGCUGAUUGCCGUCCAUGACGUGACUGCCGCGCUGCUGAGGGUGUUCGGCGAUAAGAUAGCGUGGCCGACGGGAGUUCGUAAACAAGUCGUUCUUCGGGCGUUCGCUGAUAAAGGCUUCUCCAACUGCCACGGUUGCAUUGAUUGCACUCACAUCUAUGUCGACAAGCCAGCGAAUGCUCCAAGCGAAAAUUACUACGACAGGAAGCGCUGUUUCUCCAUCGUCGCGCAGGUCGUUGUCGACUUGGACUUGCAUGUGCUGGACGCGCACAUGGGAUACCCCGGUAGCUGCCACGGCAUCAGGGUGCUGCAGUUGUCCAGCCUGUUGCUGCGCGUGGAGGAGGGGUCGUUGUUCCGCGGGCCCCCCGUCACACUGUCGUUCGGUGUGAAGACAAACAAUUACCUUCUGGCGGACAAUGGGUACCUCCCUGCCGAAUGGAUGGUCGUCUCCCGACUCACCACGUUAGGAGGAUUCUGCUCCAAGAAGGUCCGUUCAUUGUCUUCACCGGUGACGUCAAAGUUCAAUUCCAGAGCGAAGGCACAUUCCACCGGCUCUGCUGUUGGCAGGUGCACAAGAAGGUGCUGCAUUCUUGAGGGCAGGAUGUGGCUGAGACGGUACUUUCUUGAUGACACAUUGAACGACACCACUGCAAUGGUCAUGACAAUAGGUGUCUGCCUCCUCUGGCUUCGCUUCGUUGACGGGCUUCUCGAAAUGAGGCUGGUUGGCAACAGCGUUGCACGGAAAAUCAUUCAUACAGGAACUGGACCUAUCUUCAUGUUGAUGUGGAACUUCUACAGCUCUUCAAGGCAAGCACCAUACUUCGCUGCGUUUGUGAUUUUCCUGAUUGUGAUGAAGUACUUUCUUGUUGGGGUAGGUCUGGUCCAUGACCCGAAGGUUGUGCUGGCUGUGACCCGGCGAGGAAAUCCAAAGGAAAUCCUCUUGGGCCCGAUGUUCUAUGGGCUUGUUGUGAUUCUUGCCACUACCCUAUAUUGGCGUCAUUCGCCGACAGGGAUCUUGGUCAUAGCAAUCAUGUGUGGAGGUGAUGGUUUGGCAGACAUAGUUGGCAGAAGAUUUGGAACGCACAAGAUCUUUUUCUCUCCGAACAAAAGCUGGUCCGGAUCCUUAGCAAUGUUGCUAGGGAGUUUUGUCUUUGGUUUUGGCAUGGUCGCGUUCUUCAACUUUGCGGGCAACUUCUAUCCUGCUCUCUCCCUUCAGAAGGCAGGUGUGGGGGUAGCAGUGUUGAGUGUUAUCGCUACAAUAGUUGAGGCUCUGCCAAUCCCAGAGCUGGACAACCUCACAGUGGCAUUCACUGUUUGGAUCGUGUGCUGCCAGUACGGAGAGAAAUGGGGCUGGGAUGUCUUGAAUACUGUGGUUAUGGAUCCUACGAAACUCAAGGUAUAACUGACUAUACGGACACCUGUCAAAAAAUCAUCCGCCUAUUGAGAGUCCCAUCCUAUGUUGUGGGUAAGUAAUGCGGGGUUGAAUUCAGACAUAGACAUCGACUGGCCAUUGCCUGGACAACACUUAUGUGGCAUCGAGUCUAUUCAUUCUCGUUUUCACUUUUUAGUUGACAGCCGACCAGUUUUUACUCCUGGGAUCUGCUUGGUGAGCACCCAGUAAGGCGGAUCCUUGCGUUUGAACUUGGACUGUAUGAGUAUAGAGUAAAGCACCCAGGGACAA